AUGGGAGCUAUGGUACGAGAUGGUGCCGGAAAACCUUUUCGUCUGCCGGCGGCAACAUCAAAGAUGCAUAUGUACACACACACACACCACGCACAAGGGAACGAUAGCUUAUCACCGGCACAAAUCGAUAUCAACGACGGCGGUUACGGUAGGUCCAAGACUACGAAACUCGCAUAUGGGAAAUGUGCUAUAACAGGCACACCGCCUGAUAACCAGUCAUCUUCGCCAAAGGACGUAAUCACAAGAAUUUGGGAGAAAUCCAGGUAG